GUCAAAUCGAAAAGAAAGACGUAUCGUAAUUAACGGGUCGGCUUACGAAUGUGUACCUCAAAAAAGUUGCAUCCCCUCAAAAAAUAGUGUUCUAGUAAUACAAAAACAUUUCUCUGACUUGUAUAACGAAUAAGUAAGUUACGGUCAAUCGAACGCGAGCAAAGAUGGCCGCCAAAACAAGCAUUAUUGACGAAAGCGCCGAUGAUGGUGUCCCAGCCGAUUUUUGGAACGAGGUACUCGAUAGUUUCGAUGUUAUGGAUGCCGAUGAAGGUAGCGAAGAAGCGAAACAGGCUGCAGAAGAAGCUGCCCGAAAGAAAAAGGAAGAUGAUCUUGAAAAGGUAAGAAAGUUCAACGAGGCAUGGAACAUUGCUCCGGCGGUAGAAGAAACCCGGAUUGUUGUGGAAAAAAGAACUGAACCGGAAGAAGAUUCGAAACCUGCAGCACCUCCGGAGAAAAAUCCCGAUCCUGUUGAACGAUCUAACUCGCCUGACUGUUCUAUUGUUGCUGAGGAAAGCGAAGUUAUAACUGUAGAGGAAGACCCUACACCAGUUGCGGAAAAUUCGGUAGUAGUAAUUCCGGCAGAAGUCCCACAGAAAGAUCCCAGACUAGCACGCCUGGAGGAGAACAAUCGCAUUCAAAGUCCUUCUAGUCCUACUCAGGAAGCACGAAGCAAUGUAUUAGUUGCUUCUUCGCAAAGGUAUUUUCACCAUGAUACAGAACGUGUAGAACGUCAACGGGAAGAGCAGCUACGUAAAGAUCGAGAAAAUUUCGAACGAGCUAGAAGUCGAUUGAGAUCACGUAGUCCCGGAGUAUACCUACGCCGAUCUAUGUCUGAUGAAGAAGAUGAUAUUGGCAGGCCAGCAUUUCGCAGACACGAACGCAGUCGUUCCAGACGGCGUUCAAGAAGUUGGGAACGGAAAGAUAGACGAUCUAGAAGCCGAGGUAGAAGGAGCCGCAGCAGGAGACGCAACUCUCGAUCGCGCAGUCGAACCUACAGUCGACGACGAUCUACAUCUAGAUCUAGGUCUCGAUCGCAAUCUCGACGUCGCACAACGAAAACCGCGGCUGAAGAUCCAACAGCAAUGAUGGGUCAAAUGUCGGCGAUGAUGCAAAUGAUGACCGAUCCCAAGAUGAUGAUUCAGAUGAAUCCGAUGAUGGCGAUGAUGAUGCAAAUGAAUCCCAUGAUGGCAGCAGCAACUGCUGCUGCUCAAAAAGCCACAGAAAUGGCAGGCGCAAGCAGCGCGGAACAACAGGAUAAAAAGGACGAUAUUACCGCACAGUUAUUCUUGGAAAAUAAAAUUAAUUUAUCUGAUUAUCUUGCUUCAAGACAUCCUGGAGCGGGUAAAAGGUCUACGAGAGUUAAUCAUAAAGUUGUUCAACAUAUAAAGGAAGCGAUAUCAAUUUUAGAUAAACAAGAAACGAAAGUCCAAUCGGCACGAUUUCUGUACGUAGCUCCAACAUACCACACAGAUCUAAAAAAACUAGACAAUCGUUCCCCGUUGAUUUGGAAUGAUCAAAAUGUUCUGUAUGCCUCGACAUGUAAAUCAAAGGAUGUAGCCCUAUGCGAGCCAUUCCGUAAUGUGAACCACAAAAUGAAACAAAUGAUUGAAAGGCUAGGCUUAGACGAAGGCAACAUUUCUCAAAGGUUGGCACAAUUUAAAAAAGCGGAAGCUAGUGCUCAAUCCGUGGCAGAUGUCGGUACUAUUCAGGCCAUUACUAUUGUUCCUGUCCGUGGUGGCGCUACAACUAAACGCCUAAUUGACCGAUCAAUACAAACAGAAACUCUAAGCUGCUCAGAGUGCAUUCAACGCCGUAGCAAAACGUACAUCUCAGUCAACACACAAACCGCGAACCGAGCACGCAUGAUUGAAAUAAGUGUCCAAACGGAUCGCGAUCGUGAUAUAGAGUUGAAUUCGAUGAAUGAACUUAACGCAAAUCAAGUCAAGAUUCUUAACGAAAUCAUGAAGUACAUGAAAAAACGGCAAGUAUCGGGAACAAUUGGUAAUCUAAAAAACAACUUGGAGCGGGACAUUCCAGAAUUACGCAACCAGCAUUUGAAUGCCGGUCUCCACUAUGUGUCGGAAAUAAUGGAACGAAACGAAAGAAACGCAAAUCGCUAUGCCAAUCCGAAUCCGUUGAAUCCAGCCGCUCGUGAAUUGGCAGCUAGAAAUCCUUUCUCAGGUAGUCGGGAUAGGCGUGGCGGAACAACCUUUCCAGACGAGGUCGUGCUGACAUCGGUAGUACCCGCUGGUUUUCGAAAGUCUCCACCACGCCGCGCCGGCAGUGGUGCAAAGUAUGGCCAUCGUCACCCAUGGUAAACUUUGCCUGUUUGAAAUAAAUCUAAUAAUUUGGAAAGAAACAAACUUACUACUUGGAAAUAAAAAACAAAACAAAUAUGUUAAA